AGGCAGCGCUCUGAGCUGAGGCCUUCUAGAGCCAGAGCCCUGAGGAUGGGGAGGCAACAAGUCACGGACCAAGCCCGCCUGACCUGGAGAGGUGCCCUGGCCCAGUUCCUCUGCCAACUGUAUGUCCUCGCCUUUGUUUUCUUCCGCUUGGGAGGAGCCCUGCCACCACAGUGAUGUUAGACGGCCCUAAAAGACAUGCUUUGUCCCAUCCCUACUCUGCUUCACACCCAUGCCCAGACCUUACAACUGGGUAGGUGGGUAUUCUUCCCGCUCUCCCCUGAGGGAACUGCUCAAGGAGCCGUUCGCAUUUCCUGAAACCGGAUCUCGGUGUCAGAGCCGCCCCCGGGCCGGGCGGGCACCUCAGCCAUGGCCCUGCGCAAGGAGCUGCUCAAGUCCAUCUGGUACGCCUUCACCGCUUUGGACGUGGAGAAGAGCGGCAAGGUCUCCAAGUCCCAGCUCAAGGUGCUGUCCCACAACCUGUACACGGUCCUUCACAUCCCCCACGACCCCGUGGCUCUGGAGGAGCACUUCCGGGAUGAUGACGACGGCCCCGUGUCCAGCCAGGGAUACAUGCCUUACCUCAACAAGUACAUCCUGGACAAGGUGGAGGAGGGGGCUUUCGUUAAGGAACACUUUGAUGAGCUCUGCUGGACCCUGACGGCCAAGAAGAACUACCGGGUGGACAGCAACGGGAACAGCAUGCUCUCCAAUGACGAUGCCUUCCGCCUCUGGUGCCUCUUCAACUUCCUGUCCGAGGACAAGUACCCUCUGAUCAUGGUUCCUGAUGAGGUGGAAUAUUUGCUGAAGAAGGUGCUCAGCAGCAUGAGCUUGGAGGUGGGCUUGGGUGAGCUGGAGGAGCUGCUGGCCCAGGAAGCCCAGGCCGCCCAGACCACCGGAGGGCUCAGCGUCUGGCAGUUCCUAGAGCUCUUCAACUCCGGGCGCUGUCUUCGAGGUGUGGGGCGGGACACCCUCAGCAUGGCCAUCCACGAAGUCUACCAGGAGCUCAUCCAAGAUGUCCUGAAGCAGGGCUACCUGUGGAAGCGAGGGCACCUGCGGAGGAACUGGGCAGAACGCUGGUUCCAGCUGCAGCCCAGCUCCCUCUGCUAUUUCGGGAGUGAAGAGUGCAAGGAGAAGAGGGGUACCAUCCCGCUGGAUGCACAAUGCUGCGUGGAGGUGCUGCCAGACCGAGAGGGGAAGCGCUGCAUGUUCUGUGUGAAGACAGCCACCCGCACGUACGAGAUGAGCGCCUCAGACACGCGCCAGCGCCAGGAAUGGACAGCUGCCAUCCAGACCGCGAUCCGGCUGCAGGCGGAGGGGAAGACGUCGUUGCACAAGGACCUGAAGCAGAAGAGGCGCGAGCAGCGGGAGCAGCGGGAGCGACGCCGAGCAGCCAAGGAGGAGGAGCUGCUGCGCCUGCAGCAGCUGCAGGAGGAGAAGGAGCGGAAGCUGCAGGAGCUGGAGCUGCUACAGGAGGCGCAGAGGCAGGCCGAGCGCCUGCUGCAGGAGGAGGAGGAGCGACGCCGCAGCCAGCACCGGGAGCUGCAGCAGGCGCUGGAGGGCCAACUGCGCGAGGCGGAGCAGGCCCGGGCCUCCAUGCAGGCUGAAAUGGAACUGAAGAAGGAGGAGGCCGCCCGGCAGCGGCAGCGGAUCCAGGAGCUGGAGGAGAUGCAGCAGAGGCUCGAGGAGGCCUUGCACCUGGAGGUGAAAGCUCGGCGGGACGAGGAGGCCGUGCGCCUCGCCCAGACCAGACUGCUAGAGGAGGAGGAGGAGAAACUGAAGCAGCUGCUGCAGCUGAAGGAGGAGCAGGAGCGCUACAUCGAGCGGGCGCAGCAGGAGAAGCAAGAGCUGCAGCAGGAGAUGGCGCUGCAGAGCCGUUCCCUGCAGCAAGCCCAGCAGCAGCUGGAGGAGGUGCGGCAGAACCGGCAGAGGGCCGACGAGGACGUGGAGGCUGCCCAGCGGAAGUUGCGGCAGGCCAGCACCAACGUGAAACACUGGAAUGUUCAGAUGAACCGGCUCAUGCAUCCAAUUGAGCCUGGAGAUAAGCGUCCCACCACCAGUAGCUCCUUCACAGGCUUCCAGCCACAUCUACUUGCCCGCCGUGACUCCUCCCUAAAGCGCCUGACCCGCUGGGGAUCCCAGGGCACCCGGACCCCCUCGCCCAGCAGUGGUGAACAGCAGAAGUCCCUCAACGGUGGGGACGAGGCGCCCAUCUCAGCUUCCACCCCUCAGGAAGAUAAACUGGACCCAGCACCAGAAAAUUAGCCUCUGCUAUUCCCUCUUCCCCCCAAACUCAUACCCACCAGAACCUGGCCACAGCUGGCCUGUGGGUGAUGCCAGCCCCCGCAGAAGAGGGAGCUAAGGUCCCAGUGCCAGGAGCUCUGGCCCUCCAACCAUGACACAGUCCAGAAUGGAGCCUAGUUCAUUUUUGGCACCAGCCCCAAGCCCCUGACCGCUUAGGCUGUCUGGGAUGUUGAUCCUUGAGAACUUGACCUUGUGCCUUAACCCCAAGGACCCCGUGCCCUGGGCUGGAAAAGAGAGCAAACCAGCAAGCCAACGGCAUGUGCCCUCAGACUGCCACCAGGUUGUGGAGGUGAAUUUCCAAAUAAAAACUGUUCUUGGAAUGAACACUCAAUCGGGUCUGCCGUCCCUCUCUCCUGCCAUGUCCACUCUUUCAGCCUUAAGUCUAGUUGUAAGUCCCCGAGAAUAAAGUGGAGGGUGGGGCGAGGCAAGUACAUGCUGCCGCUUACUACCUGGGUGACUUUGGUCAAGUCUGCUCACCUGAUUUCGCUUCAGUUCCCAUGGUAGUAAAAUACGGAUACUAACGGUACCUGCCUGAUAGGGUUGCUGUGCGGAUUAAGUGCUUGGCCCAUGAGCAAGCGCUAUUAUUAGUAGCACCUAGGUGUGGUUACUGAGCAUCUAGUCUAUAUGCCCUGCACUUCCCCUGGCUAUUUCAUUCUCCUGGCAACCCUGAGAGGUAUUAUCAUUUUCAUGUUCCAUGUGGAGAAACUGAGGCCCAGCGAGGUGAGGUAACUUGCCCAAAGCCUUCCAAACUUGCUUCUUUUCCCAUAUUAUUUGACUCACUGGCUUUGUCACCUAAGACAGAGAUCUGAAAUCUAGG